AUGGGAGAAUCGCCGUAUUUGACCUGUUUGGUUUUGUACAUAUUUUCGUUUCAAAUUAUUGUCACUAACUCCCGUACCUCUAAUAUUUGGAAAUUAGAUGCUGAACAAGGUCAAAUUAUUGACGGAACUACAGUAUCGCAGGAUGACUCUGAAAAAGCUAAAAUGACUGAAGAAGAUGUUGUUUUCAAUAUAAUAACAUCAACUGUAUAUUAUGGCAAUACUUGGACAAAGCACAGUUUUGAUAUGUUCUGCACUGACUGCCAGAUGUAUGAGCAACAGAGAAGUGCCUCUGAUAAUAGUGAAGAGAUUAAUCAACCAGACACCAAUACUGGUGAACCUGAAGAUGAAUACUUAGAUUGUGGAAAAGCAGUCAAUUUUACAUAUUAUGACAACCUGGUUGGAGUGGCUAGGCGUCAUAGACAUCCAAAUGUACCUGAACCUCAAAUCGCCCUUAUAUUUACAAGGAAAAAAACAUACAAAAACGGUGUAACCGAGUUAGACAUUAAUACACUUGAGAAGCGUCUUAAAAAAGCAAAAAGAGAAAAACCUAAAUCAGUGCAAUUGUACAAUCAGAUUGGUAACUUCUGGAGAAUCAAAGGUGAUACAAGACUGUCAAUUGAAUGUUUUAGACGAGCAUUGGCAGUUUCUCCUUAUAAUGCAGAGGUACUGCUGAACCUAGGACGCGUUCUGUUCACCCUUCAGUACUUAGACGACGCGAUCUAUUUGACGCGGCGCUCCCUCGAAGUACAACCGCCAGAUCGCAGUGCGUGGCAACAGUACUUUACCCUUGGAGAGAUAUUCAAGGCAUAUGGACAUUAUCAGGAAGCUGCUGUUCACUUAAGGCAUGCUCUGGAUCUCAGGCCAGACUUUGAGCCAGCACUGACUGCGCUUAAGGAUAUUGAGAAUAUACCUGAAGCCACAGUACAUGUGUACACCUUACUUAUUAUUGUUUGUUUGGUGAUGGGAGUACUCCUUGUGAUCCUAUCAUCAGUGGACAGCGGAGGCGAGGCGGACGAUCACAAAACGCAGCGUCACUUCAACCGCGCCAUGGCCAUGCGAUCUUUGCGAGGCGUGGUCGGAUCACGCGGACGUAAAAAGGGCGGGGCUUAA